AGUUUCGAACAAAAAAUAAAGGGAGGCUGAGUGACAAGGAUUGUUGUUGUUAGCUCUCAUUAGCACUUUCUCAACAGAGCUAACUACACUAAUAACUAGUUGUAUUUACAUAUAACAACUAAACAUAUCUUAUCAGACCUUCUUCUACCAACAGGAAAGUGGAUUUUCUCAAAGUCACCCUCAGAAGCUUUCCACCCCUUGAGGUCUGAAGAUGGAGGAGGACCAUGUUCACUGUACGUCCUGUGUUAAUCAGAGAUGCAUGGUCAGACCUCAACCAGGCAUUUCUUGUGAUCUCAUCACCUGUCCUCUGGUGUGUGGGGCUGUAUUUCACUCCUGCAAAGUUGAUGAGCACCACCUCAUGUGCCCACUGAUGAGGGUUCCGUGCCUAAACAGUGGCUAUGGCUGCCCCGCCACCCUGGUGCGCAACCAAAUGUAUGCACACCUUGAAGUGUGUCCAGCUGGAGUGGUGUGCUGCACUAUGGAGUGGAACAGAUGGCCUGUUAGCUGCCUGGACUAUACUUCCUAUGAGAGCCUAAGCCGUGGGGUGGAGGAGGUGGAGCAGCUAGACAUGGCACUUGCUCUUCAGGACCAGCGUACGCUACUGGAGUCCCUCAAGGUGAUUGCCAUGGCACCUACUGCAGAAGGAGAGCCACCUGACCCUGUUAGUCAGGAGAACAGGGCAACAGACUCAGCUUUGCUUACAUCUGCCCCUGAGGCCUCCACCAUUAUUGAGUCACCUUCACAGUCAUCAUCCUCACGUCAGCCACAACCUCCCCCACCAGGCUCGGCAAAGGAGAGAAUUGCCAGUGGAAUUAAUGGCUUGAACGAGGAGAACUUCAGUAAACUCUACGAGGCCACAGUGGAGACUGCAAGAAGCAUAGUUGCUGCUUUGGACUUUGUUAGCAGUGCCAACUCUGUCGACAGCAGCACAGAGUGUGUGAACAGAGGAGCUGCUAUGCAGAAGAGUAGAUCGAACAACAGCGGAGACCUUGAGAAUGGACUGGAAGACAAAACACCUGUAGCCACUGGUGGUUUGAAUAAAAGAGAGAUGGAGGAGCAAAGUGUUUGUUCUAGCUGUUUGAGAGGAAACGGGGCUCUGAAAGGAACAGAUGUAAAUAUUUUAAAGACAACAAAUGGACCACUGUCAGGAGCAACAGAGGCCUGUCUUGAGACAGCCUGUCCUGUUGAGGUGCAAGAUGACAUGAAUGCUGGGGUUUCUCAGGAGCCAGUCACCCCUCCAAUGGCAUCUCCAGUGCAAGUCAGCCAGGGUGUGGCACAGAGGGCUGGUCAUGUGGUCCUGGAGGAUAGGGGGCUAGUUCUUUUAGAAAACCAUGGGCCUGAGCGUAAGUUCCACAACUACCCGUUUUUUAGGGGCCAGGGCCAAUGGUCAUUACCUAAUGGACGGAUAGGUUUCAUCCCUAACAGGUCACUGUAUAAAUUGCGACCCAAAAUGGAGGACAAGGCAGUAGAUACUUCAGAUCUGGAACAGGAUGAUGACCCCAUGGGUCUGGGAGAAAUUGAUCUGAUCACAGCAGCGCUGCUCUUCUGUUUAGAGGAGUCCAGAGAGUGUAGAAGGAUCUCUGACACAGUUUAUGUUGAUGGCUACCGUGUUGACUUUGGCACACAGACUUUCACUUUCCCUGCAGCAAUCUUGGUAACCAACACUAGAGUGGGUGACAUUGCCUCUGCUUCUGCCUGUGACCAUGCUGCCCCCCAGCUCUCCUAUCCCAGCCCUUUCCGCACUCUCCGCCUCGGCCUUGUCCUUGAAGCUCUGGAGGUGGAGGCAGUCCCGCAUAACCGCUACCUCCCUCCUAACCCCCGCUACCAGCACAUGUUCCCUUUCGUCUGUGGUCAGGCUUUACGCCGGGACCAGUUUUCUUCCCAUUUCAUAAACGUCCACGGUGACAUUCACGCUGGUCUCAAUGGUUGGAUGGAGCACCGCUGCCCCCUGGCAUAUUAUGGCUGCACAUUUUCUCAGCGGAGGUUUUACCCAUCCACCAAGGGGGCCAAAGUGGUUCAUGACAGGCACCUCAGGUCCUUCGGGGUUCAGCCUUGUCCAAAUGCAAAACUUCCAAGUGACCUCCAGUCUGACCAAAUUAGUGGGCUUCCCAUUGAGAUACUGUGGCACAUAGCUGGGUUCCUGGACAGUUUCAGCCUGUGCCAGCUGUCUCUGGUGUCACGGACUAUGAGGGAGGUGUGUGCCAGUCUCCUCCAGACCAGGGGCAUAGUGGAACUGCAGUGGGAGCGAAGACGAUAUCCUGGUGCCCCUGGCACUGUCUCAUGGCAGAUCAAAAAUAGAGUGUGGAGAUUCAGCACCGCCUUCAGCCCAGUGUUGUCGUGGGGUUUCACCGAUCUCCCCAGCAUGUCGGACCAUCUUAAGAAGUGCCACUUCAACAUAGUGGAGCACAAGACAGAACCCGUACCCCUCCCUGCCAUGUGUACUGCACGAGACGGACAAUCGCUGCGUCGCGUCCUGCGUCACGUUAACACCUGACCAAACAAGGCUGACCUCUCGUAGCUGCACGAGAGUUACUGUGGCAUUAUGUGGAUGUUGCAAUUAAAGUUUUUAUGUCUUGAAAACAAAUAACUCUUCCUGUGUUACACUACAUUAUGAAGAAGCCUUAAUGAAAUAACACCCUACUUGCCACAAUGUAGGUCUGUUGUUGUGGGUGUCCCUAUGUAGGACCUUUAGCAUGGAUUUGUGCUGAAAAUGUGUCCUUAUUCUGGUAAAAUAAAAUGUAUUUUCUUGAAGAUAAAUAUGCAUAAUAGAUUUAUAUUAUUCUAUAUGAUAUACUGUAUAAAUGCUUUCACUAUCUUGCCUUUCAGUAGUAGCCAUGGGGAAAAAGCAGAUUGAUGGUUAUAUUGCAUUAUUCUGUGUGAAAGAAGUUAUGCCAGCACUUUACAUAAGAUUUGCUAAUCCUUCCUAUGUUAAUAUGUGACCCUAAAUGAUCUUGUCUUUCUGAUCCCUAAUAGCGGGUGUCAAUCCAAUGCAAGUCUGUUGUCUGGGUUAAUAGGAUGUCAGGAUUUGAGUCAAAACAGAUGGAUAUUAAUAUGAGGAUAGCCCAAUAAUGCAUGUGAUUUGCUACCAUUUAAUAAAGUCUUUACAGCCUUUUA